UAAAAUUUCGCAAGUAUUCUAAACUUAAAUAACGUAAGUAAAAAAAUUUUUUACUUAGAAACUUGUUUUAGAAGUUAGCACAACGCAGAGUUCAGCUCGAGGAGAAGAUAAAACAAGAUAAUUCGUCCAACAUGAAUAAAUAACAUAAACGUCAUGGGCAGUGACAAAACCAAGAUGGCGCCGCGCAUGUUGCUUUCGUGCGCGCUGUGCGUGUGGUGCGUUCAUUGCAACAAUGCCAUUAGCACCGAAAUUUCGCGCUAAAUUGGCAGUAGUUGUGGCUUUAGAGCCCCAAUAGCGCUACUCGCCCGUCGAGCCGAGUGGGCCCAGCAAGCAGGAUGGUGAAGGAACAGUUCCGCGAGGCCGACACCUCAAUGAAGAUCGGCCAGAUGCGCUUCGGCGUGCUCAACUCUCACGACAUCCAGCAGCUGAGCCACGUGCACUGCGUGAGCAAAAACCUGUACCAGCGCGACUCGCUGCACAAGGCCGUCCCAUAUGGCGUGCUCGACAACAAGCUGGGCACCAGCCAGAAGGACAAGAAGUGCGAGACAUGCGGCAAGGGCCUGGCCGACUGCAUCGGCCACUACGGCCUGGUCGACCUCGAGCUGCCGGUCUUCCAUGUCGGCUACUUCCGAGCUACGCAGAACAUCCUCCACUGCGUGUGCAAGACGUGCGCGCGCGUGCUCGUGCCGCCGCAGGAGCGGCAGGGCUUCUUGGACGCCCUUCAGCGGCCCACGCUGUCCUACCUCCAGAAGAAGGCCCUGCACAAGAAGAUCAUCGAGCGCUGCCGCAAGCAGUCCGCCUGCCACUUCUGCGGCGCCCGCAACGGGCAGGUCAAGAAGUGCGGACUGCUGAAGCUGGUCCACGAGCGCUUCAAGGCCACCAAGAAGAACGACGCCAUGCUCGCCGAGUUCCUGGAAGACUUCGACGAGGCCCGUGGCUACAACCCGGAGCUCGAUUCCGUCAUGGGCAAGGUCACCAGUGACAUUCUGAACCCGCUCGUGGUGCUGCACCUCUUCCGGCGGAUCCUGGACGAAGACGUGCCGCUGCUGGUGAUGAACCCCAAGUGCGGGCGCCCCGAGGACCUGAUCCUGACCCGGAUCCCCGUCCCUCCGCUCUGCAUCCGGCCCUCGGUGGUGUCCGAGCUGAAGGCGGGGACCAACGAGGACGACGUGACGGUCAAGCUGACCGAGAUCAUCUUCCUGAACGACGUGAUCCAGCGCCACCGGGCCUCCGGGGCCAAGAUGCAGAUGAUCAUGGAGGACUGGGACUUCCUUCAGCUGCAGUGCGCGCUGUACGUGAACAGCGAGACGAGCGGCAUCCCGCUGAACAUGCAGCCCAAGAAGCCCACCCGAGGCUUCGUUCAGCGGCUGAAGGGCAAGCACGGCCGCUUCCGGGGCAACCUGUCGGGCAAAAGGGUGGACUUCUCGGGCCGCACCGUCAUCUCGCCGGACCCCAACCUCCGCAUCGACCAGGUGGGCGUGCCCGUGCACGUGGCCAAGAUCCUGACCUACCCGGAGCGGGUGACUCAGCACAACCUGGCGCUGAUGCGCACGCUGGUGCGCAACGGCCCGGACGUGCACCCGGGGGCCAACUUCCUGGAGUCCCGGGACUCGGGCUUCAAGCGCUACCUGCGCUACGGCAACCGGGACCUGCUGGCCCAGCAGCUGCGCCCGGGGGACGUGGUGGAGCGCCACCUGCGGGACGGCGACGUGGUGCUCUUCAACCGGCAGCCCUCGCUGCACAAGCUCAGCAUCAUGGCUCACUUGGCCAAGGUGCUGCCCCACCGGACGUUCCGCUUCAACGAGUGCGUGUGCACGCCGUACAACGCGGACUUUGAUGGGGACGAGAUGAACCUGCACUUGCCGCAGACGGAGGAGGCCCGGGCGGAGGCCCUGGUGCUCAUGGGCACCCGGGCCAACCUGGUGACGCCCCGCAACGGGGAGCCCCUCAUCGCGGCCAUCCAGGACUUCAUCACGGGCGGCUACCUGCUCACCCAGAGGGACGUCUUCUUCGACCGGGCCAAGGCCGCCCAGCUGGCCGCCUACAUGCUCGCCGGCAAAGACGUCAGCAUCUCGGUGGAACUCCCUCCACCAGCCAUCCGCAAGCCCGUCUGCCUCUGGACGGGCAAGCAGAUCUUCAGCCUCAUCAUCCGCCCCAGCCGGUCGUGCCCGGUCCUGGCCAGCCUCCGUGCCAAGGGCAAGUCCUACACCUCCGGUGAAGAGAUGUGUGCCAACGACGCCUACGUGCUCAUCCGCAACAGCGAGCUCCUCAGCGGGACCAUGGACAAGGGCACCAUGGGCUCCGGCUCCAAGAACAACAUCUUCUACAUCCUCCUCCGCGACUACGGUGACCAGUACGCGGCAGACGCCAUGUGGCGCCUGGCGCGGAUCGCAUCCUUCUACAUGCAGAACCGCGGAUUCUCUAUCGGUAUCGGUGACGUGACGCCGGGGGCUGGGCUGCUGAAGGCGAAGCAUGACCUGGUCAGCGAGGGCUACGCCCGCUGCGAAGAGUACAUUCAGCAGCUGAAGUGCGGGAAACUCCAGGCGCAGCCCGGGUGCAACGAAGAGGAGACGUUGGAGGCAGUCAGCUUGAAGGAACUGUCGGUGGUCCGCGACCACGCCGGAAAGGCGUGCCUCCGCGAGCUCCACAAGACAAACAGCCCGCUGAUCAUGGCGGUGUGCGGAUCAAAGGGCUCCUUCAUCAACAUCAGCCAGAUGAUCGCGUGCGUCGGGCAGCAGGCCAUCAGCGGACACCGAGUUCCGAACGGGUUCGAAGACCGUUCGCUACCGCACUUCGAGCGCAACGACCGCACUCCGCAGGCAAGGGGGUUCGUCGAAGACAGCUUCUACUCCGGGCUCACGCCGACCGAGUUCUUCUUCCACACAAUGGGCGGCAGGGAGGGCCUCGUGGACACGGCUGUGAAAACCGCGGAGACGGGCUACAUGCAGCGACGGCUCGUCAAGUCCCUCGAAGACCUGUGCUCUCACUACGACAUGACGGUUCGCAACUCGUGCGGGGACAUCGUGCAGUUCUGCUACGGCGCGGACGGUUUAGACCCGGCCGCCAUGGAGGGCAAGGACGACACGCCGGUCGACUUCGGGCGGGUCAUGGAGCUGACGCGGGCUCGCAAACCCUGCCGCGGGGAGAAGCCGCUCGACCAGGAUGCCAUCCUACGGAUCGGCGAGGAGGUCCUCGGCGGCAAGUCGUACGAAGGUUGCGGGGAGAGCUUUCGCGAGGCCCUCUCCAAGUUUGUGCAUGGGUACGCGGCAAAGGUUGCAAGCACGCGGGCGCGGCACGGUCUGGACGGUUCCGGCGACGCGAGGCCGCUGGUGCUGUGGCAGCUGGACCGGCUGACGGCCUCGCAGCUCCGCAGCUUUUUUGCCACAUGCCGGGAGAAGUACUUCCGGGCGGUCAUGGAGCCGGCGACGGCGGUGGGAGCGGUUUGCGCCCAGAGCAUCGGCGAGCCAGCCACGCAGAUGACCCUCAAGACGUUCCACUUUGCGGGCGUGGCGUCCAUGAACAUCACGCAGGGCGUGCCCCGCAUCAAGGAGAUCAUCAACGCCAGCAAGAACAUCAGCACCCCAAUCAUCACGGCGGCCCUGGCAGUGAACCAGGAUGCGGAGUAUGCCCGGCGUGUCAAGGGGCGCAUUGAGAAGACCACGCUGGGCGAGGUGUCAGAGUACCUGGAGGAGGUCUUCCUGCCGGACGAGUGCUUUGUGCUCAUCAAGCUGGACCUGGAUCGAAUUCGCCUGCUCCAGCUGGAGGUCAACGCAGACACGGUCUGCUACUCCAUCGCCACCUCGAAGCUGCGCAUCAAGGGCCAGAACCUGAGCGUGGUGGGGUCCGCGGUGAUCACCGUGCGUCCCACCGAGACGGCCAAGAUGUCCCUCUACUACGCCCUGCAGACCCUCAAGGAGCAGCUGCCCAGCGUGGUCAUCAAGGGCAUCCCCUCCACCUCCAGGGCCGUCAUCCACGCCGACGACACGGGCCCGACGACCACCUACCGGCUGCUGGUGGAAGGGGACGGCCUGCGGGAGGUGAUGGCCACCUAUGGGGUGCUGGGCACGCGCACCUCGUCCAACAACACGUCCGAGGUGGAGAAGUGCCUGGGCAUCGAGGCGGCCCGGGCCACCAUCAUCCGCGAGAUCGGCGUGACCAUGGAGAGCCACGGCAUCAGCGUGGACCGGCGCCACCUCAUGCUGCUGGCCGACCUGAUGACCUUCCGCGGGGAGGUGCUGGGCAUCACCCGCCACGGCCUGGCCCGCAUGAAGGAGAGCGCCCUCAUGCUGGCCUCCUUCGAGCGCACCGCCGACCACCUCUUUGACGCCGCCUACUACGGCCAGGUGGACGAGAUCACUGGCGUCAGCGAGAGCAUCAUCCUCGGCGUGCCCAUGGGCAUCGGCACUGGCUUCUUCGACAUGGUGCACCGGGUCGACUGGAGGCCCCUCGCCGAGCCCCGCAGGCUCGUCUUCGACCGCGACGAGUUUCACCUCAACGUCGCCGCCGCAAAUCGGUGAUUCCGAUUUCGGCCGUCUGCAGUUUCGCGUGACCCUCGCCGUAAAGUGACUUAAGUUUCCGAUGGCCGUGGUUUUGCGGGAACGAUGGUGUGAAGCGACGCAGUCUGGGAAUCCGUACGUUCGCGUAAAUGUUUCGGCUUUCCAAAGUCGCACAUUGAACAUUGACAUUAAGCGAUUUAUGUUCUAGCUGUCCGUGGCAUCAUGUGAAAGCUGAUGAAGGUGAGUUGUGUGCUGGCUGUUUCUACUGUCGUGUGAAUGUCGCUGUGCAACGACUUGUGUCUUGAAGCAUUCGUUGGUUUUCCCGCUUAUGUAUAUUUUUGGUUGAGACUGCUCCAGAAACUGUACUGGUUUCAUGUCUGUCACCAAUCAAUAUUUUUGGUGCAGCCAUUGUCUGGUCGUGAUGCUAGUAAAUAUUUAUAAAACUAGUUCUCGCAUAUAUACUGCCUGCAUCACUUUUUUGUUGUUUUUUUUCUUGUAAAAGCCAGAUAUGGUGUGUAUGUUGUGCCCACAGAAAUGAGUCCGGUCUGGCUUUUACAACCACUGUCAAGACCAGUUACAACUAAGUUGGUCAUAACGAAAUAGUGGCUACAGCGAAACGAUUUCCCAUUCCCUUUUGCACUUCCUUAUAACCGAAGUUGGUUAUAACGAAAUAUGGCAGAUAUAGUGAAGUGAUUUCCUAUUCGCGUUGACCUCUUUAUAACCGGUCUCGACCGUAUAAUGGACUUGUUUUUUUGUUGCAUGGAUUUCAGACAGACAGACAGGAACCGCCAAUUUCUUAGGUCCUUGUGGACAUCGAGCAUUUUUACUGGAGACGCAAGUAAUUGAAAGUAACUGCCUCUUUUCUACCAAGUGUAAGGAUUGCUUCGUGAGGAUUAUUGCUCUCGGGCAUUUCCUUUUGAAUGGAGCACAAUUAACGCGGGAGCCCUGGUGGCGCUACAUCGGGCAAUCUAGGGUCAUGCUUCCCUACAGCACGGUUUUUCCUCACAAUGUCACCUGUAUUUGGAUGUUCAAGAUUGUUUAAUCAACGCAGGGGUCUGCAAGCGCAAAUAAGAGUGGCACUGUCUCAACCAAGGCCGGGAAGCACGAGAGGGGGGGUUGCAGAUGAGCACGGCACAUAUCUGCGUGCAAGAUCACGUGACUGGGACGUCGCAUGGUGACGCGACACGAUGUCGCGUCGGGACGACGUACAAAGCCAGUCGUACAAACACCUCCCCACACACAACUUCACACUUUUAAGUGACUUGACGGCAACCUCUGCCAACGUCGCAGUCCUUCGUAUAACGUGUUCUAGAAUUUGGCCGAUGACACACAUUGUGUUAAAAGAAAUCCUGUUUUCCAGCCAUUCCACCAGAGGUUGUUGUUUAACGACAAACACAGUGUGUGCAACUCAACAGUAAAUUUAUUUUCAAAACCAAGCUCUAAGACAGCUUUUUCUUUUUUAAAAAGACAAUGAAGACGAUUUUAUUAAAUUUUUUUAAAUGGUGUUUUUAUGCUUCUUGGGAACAUAGCAUGCUGCCCAAUUUUUUGUAGACAUUUGUGACGCGUAUUUUUGUGCCUACGGAAGAAGUAAAGAGACCGAAACUGAA